UAAACAGAAAUCAGAGAAUUCAAAAGUGAAGCAAAGUGUGAGGAGGAAAGUUCAGGGUCUGAACCAUGAGGAGGAGAAGCAGCAGGAGGAGCUCCGUCCUCAGGAGGAGCUCCAGCAGCAGGAGGCGCAGCGACAACCUGCACUUCGACGAGUUCGGCUUCAACCUGACGAGGAGGAAGGAGCAGAAGGUCCAUCACCGGUGUCAUGAGUACAGUUACCCCCCGCUCAGCUCACAGAGGGUGAAGGAGCUGUGUGAGCUGCUCAGCUACUGGAACGGAUCCAGCUUCAUCUGCAGGAGCCAGAUCGAGCGAUUCAUCCGAAUGGGCGUUCCUCCGACUCUGCGAGGUCGAGUGUGGAGGUGUCUUCUCGGCACGGACGGUCUGAGGGAGAGCAGUGACUUCAACUACCAGAAGUGCUUGUUAGAGGUGCGAGGCCCCCUGGUGGACUUGGGUGUGAGUGAGUACGGCAUCCUGUCAGCCAUAGCAACACUCAGCGACACACAGAACGAUCUGGACCUGAACCACCAGCCGUCGCCCGACCGCCCUGAGCCGUGCUACUCUGUGGACGACAUCACGUUGUUUCGACAGAUCGCCUUGGACCUGCAGCGCUCCUUCCCAACCCACCGCUCUCUGAUGGGGGAGAGCCCCGAGGCCAUCGAGGGUCAGGCCAAGCUCUUCAGGGUCCUCAUCGCCUACGGAAAAUACAAUCCCCAGGUCGGAUACACCCAAGGGAUGUCCUACAUAGCUGCUGUUCUGCUGAUGCAGUUGGGAGAGGAGGAGGCGUUCUGGGCUCUCACGGCCUUAUUGGAUAAACCUAAAUAUCUGGCUGAACUGUUUGACCUCAGCCUCUCCAAGGUCCAACACCAGGUGAAGGUGUUUGACCAGUUCCUGAAACACAGGAAGCCGAAGCUCUCCCAGCACCUGGAGUCAGUGGGAGUCUUAUCAGUCCACUUUGUGAUGCCGUGGUUCCUCACGCUCUUCACUGCGCUGCCCUGCUGGGAUUCUGUCCUCGCUGCCUGGGAUCUCAUCAUACUGCACGGCCUGUCCGCGGUGUUUCGUAUCGCUCUGACCAUCAUCGACCUGUUGGAGCCUCGGCUGAUGGAGCAGAGCGACGAGGGAGCGGUGCUACCGCUGCUGUUGAGGGUUCCUGUGGACGUAGCCAAGUACACCGUUUUAAUCCCUGCACUGUGGAAUACUGAAGUCCAAGACUGGGAGAUUAAAUGUAUGAACAGUCUGGUGCUGGAUGAGAGCCACCAUGGAUCCAAAACAGACAUGUGUGAGAAUCCGACGGCCUCAGUGUCGAACCAAAGCAUAGAAGAUAAGGAUGAAGAAAAUGCACCAGUAUUGCCAGGAGGAGGAAAACCCACAGAGAAAGACUCAGUUACCAGAGCGAAGAGCGUCCUGACCCGCGUGAUGCGUCUGGCCCAGCGGUACCUGAUCGACCCGAUGGGCCGACAGCGGACUGAGGAGAAGAGCUCGCAAGUGAAGACCAGACAGCGUAGUCCUGCGCCCGGACGGGUUUUCAGGAGCCGGACCUCAACUUCUCUGACCAAAGCUCAGAUCAGAUCCAGGAGGCGGGGCCAGCAGGAGGGCCGAGCCCACCAGCCGACGACGGUGCAGGGGGGUGGCGGCGGUGACGUCACGGUGACGGAUCCAGCCGGUGGUGGGAAAAGUGACGGAGCGGAACAAACCUUCACGAGAGCUGCCACAGAACCUGUGGGCAAGGCAGCCCGUCACCACAGUAACCACAGCAUCCGGGUCAAGUCCCUCCGUCUCCUGCGAAGUGGAAAGAACCCGUCCAACCAUACCCCUCCUCCCUCGUCCUCUUUUCCUCCUCCAUCGCUCCGCUCCUCGACUCUCCCCCCGUUGUCCUCCAUCCCGGCUUCAAACCCUCCGUCAUCCGGAGCGUCUCAGAGCCGAGAGGAACCCAAGCAGCAAGAUACACCCAGGAUGGCUUUCAUUAGGGAGCUGUCGUCCAGACAUCAGAUCAGUGGCCCGCUCAGGAACGCCAGGGAGUCCACGCUCAUCUGACGCUGAAGAGGCAGAGGGACGUGACGGAACAAGACAGGGAGACGACACUAGUUAGUGAAUCAGCUUAUUGGACCGAGACAAGUCGCACAAAACCCAAAUGAACAACUCCCACUAGAACAAGUCCACUGGAACUCCACUAAAAGUCACUGCUCGCACAUUAACCUGGGGGCAGAUCCGUCUGUGUGAGUUAUUCACGAACCAUCAACUAACAGGCAAUAAAGUGUAUGUGCCUGUAUUUGAUUUAAAUGAUAUGUUUAUCGUCUCCUAGGAGAAACCUGCUCAUCACGUAAAUUGAUGACACAGUAUUCGGUCCCUGUUUGAACGGCGGCUGCUCUGCUGACUGUUCACUUGUCUAAUCACCACUCGUGUGUGUUUUUGUUUACGUGUACGUCGUGAAUCGUAAAUCACAACCGGGGAAGGUCUCGGCUCCUGAGCUUGUCUCUGGAACGAAGGAGUUAUCGCUGCGCGGGUCGUGUGAGGACUCGUGUGAGGGACCUGAGUCAGCACCUGAACAGACCUGUGGAUUUAAACUGGCAGACUAACUGAACCAGAGUGUGUAGAUCAGUUCAUGUGGAGACAGAUUUCUGAAACAUGCACAUGAAUAAUGUGUGUGUGUCUCUUUGGUGUUACUAUGUGCUGCACUGGUGCUGUUUCUUAUUUUUCCACUUGACCCAUAAAUGCUACAGAAUGACUCUGUUUUUAUCGUCUUACAUCAUCGACACUAAUAAAAUAUUGAUAUUUGACUUUUUAA